ACGACAUCUGACCUGUUAUCAUUCUUCGGAGAUACUGACGAACGAACGCGAUUACAUUGCAUUGUAUUAAUUAGCCUAUAUUGUUUAUGUAUUUGUUUUGAUCAGCCGAGCAUUUUAUAUGACUCUUCAGUUUUGGGCAUGAAUCGCCUGAGCCAGGAUGCGAGGGCUAGCCUCGGCCCGGCUGCUGAGGAGGGGCUGAAGCUGGUUUUCAGCGCCCGUGCAGAGGAGACGGAAAAGCGGCUGCAGGCCUUGAGGUUAGUGGUCGAGAAGCAGAUGAAGGACAUGGAGGAGCUCCAGGUCUCCCAGCAGGCACGCAGACAGGCCUGGAAAAAAGAGAAAGCCGACCUCCACCAGGCCAUUGAUGAUGCCAGACACCAGGAGUACCUCAAGAAGAGCCACGAGUUCACAAACUGUCAGGCUGACCUCAAUGCAGCCCUGGAGGAGCUGCAGAAGGCAACGGAAGAACAUGAAGCCAUGAAGAAGGAGGAGGAGGAGAGCAAACGCAUCCUCUCCCAGCCAAAGGCACCUGCUGCUGCGGAGCAAGAAUUGGGAAAGAAUGUGACCUCUGAAGAGGCAAGCAUCCCUGAGGAACAAGUGCUGGAGGAACAACUUCAGGACAGCACGCCAUGCCCAACUGAUGUGGACCUUCAGAUCCAGAUGGAAAUGGAGUUCAUGCGCUUGGAGAAGCGGUCCGUCUUCGACAGGAUUGCCACAAGGUUUAUGAAGAAGAAGGAGGGCUUCGCCGCAGAGUUCGCCAAAAAACAGGAAGAAAUCCUGGCUGCUCACGUAAAAGAGAGGAGGAAGCUAAAGGAGAAAACAAGGAAAGAGAUGGAGAAAACACACAAGGCCGAACUGAAAGAGCAGAGUAAACGGGAGGCCAAAAUGAGAACGGAGGCCAAGAAGGCCGCAGCGGCAGAAGAAGGCAGGCAGACAAGAUUUUGCUUCUGCUUCUAAUCUCCCCCUCAGUUGACAAAUAACCAAGAUGCAUGUCACAAAAGAAAACAUUGAAUAACACCAUCAGCAAAUCAAAUUGAAUUGAAUAAAAUAUAUUUUGGUCAAA